CGGGCAGCGCGGGGGACGCGGGCGGGAGGCGGCGGCGGCGGCGGCGGCGGCGGCGGCGGAGGGGUCGGCGAUGGCUUUCGAGGCGCUGGCGGAGGCGGCGGAGCGAUGGUGCGCCCGCACGCCCUUCCAGCUCAUCGCCGCCGAGGAAACGGAGCGGCGCAUGGACUUCUACGCCGAACCCGGUGUCUCCUUCUACGUGCUCUGCCCGGAGGCCGCCUGCGGCGACAAUUUCCAUGUGUGGAGCGAAAGUGAGGACUGCUUACCUUUUCUGCAGCUCGCACAGGACUACAUCUCCUCCUGUGGGAAGAAGACACUCCAUGAAAUACUGGAAAAAGUCUUCAAAUCCUUCAGACCCUUACUUGGGCUUCCAGAUGUUGAUGAUGAUGCAUUUGAAGAAUAUAACGCAGAUGUGGAAGAAGAGGAGCCAGAAGCCGAUCACCAACAGAUGGGUGUCAGUCAGCAGUGAUUUUCUGAGGAGCUAUAAAAAAUUUUGAAGCCUUUGGUACCAGGUGGGGUCAGGUGGUCCCAUGUUAGCCUGUUUGAAUUAGCACAUCACAAGGGGAUAUCUGGCUGCCAAGAUAAAAGUUUUACAAAAAAUGGUUUUAAAAAAAAUAAUAAUCCAUGAUGAGCUUUGCUAAGAAGUGACCUGAAUUUUGCUCCUGCUUCAGUGGGUUUUCUAUGGAAUUGUCUUGGUAGCAUUCUGCCGUUAUCAGUCUAGAAGUAGUUUUGUCGCUGACUUGUCUCUUCGAUUUGUGUUCGAGAGUAGUGUUUGCUGACAGGAAUGUAGAGUACUGAGAAUGUAGGAGGUGUGUGGGGGGAGUGCUGAGUCCUCACCCGUGACCUUUCCAAGGAAACCAGUGCAGAGAGCAAACACCACCUGCGCUUUUCUUUUUAGUUCAACAGCUAUACGUUUUUGACAAAGUACCAAAUGUGGAGAGACUUCUCCUGAAAAACAGUAGUUUAGUAGUGGUUGGUGCUGCAGAAGUGCAUAUGAAGGCCUAAUGAAAAUAAUGGGAAGUAAAAAAUCCAGGGGGUGUCAGACAUAUUGAUGUCAUUUCACCUGAGUUUCCCAGUGCUGAAUUAAUAACUGGGAGUAACAGGCACCAGCAGCACGCAUGAUAACCAGCCCUGGUACUUUGACACCAUGUGAUCCAAAGGCAAGUGCUGCUUACUUACAAAUCAAGCAAAAAAUAGCCGUUGCUUAUCCCUCUUCUGUAUGACAACUAACUUUAAACCUUGCUGGUUUUGAUACACUGCCCAGUUAUUACUCAAACCUCGUGGCAUUGUGCAUUAGAAUCAUGGAAUCAUUGAAUAUGCUGAGUUGGAAGGUUCCCAUUAGGAUCCUUGAGUCCAACUCCUGGCCCUGCGCAGGGCACCCUAAGAGUCACACCAUGUGCCUGAGAGUGUUGUCCAAAUGUUUCUUGAACUCUGUCAGGUUUGUGCUGUGACCACUUCCCUGGGGAGCCUGUUCCAGUGCCCUACCACCCUCUGGGUGAGGAACCUUUCCUGAUAUCCAGCUUAAACCUCCCCUGACAGCUUCAGACCAUUCUCUUGGGUCCUGUCACUGGUCAUGAGAGAGAAGAGAUCUGUAGCUGUCCCUCCUCUUCCCCUCCUGAGAAUGCUGAAGACCACAAUGAGGUCUCCCCUCAAUCUCCUCCAGGCUGAACAAACCAAGUGACCUCAGCCACUCCUCACCAGGCUUCCCCUCCAGACCCUUCAUCAUCCUUGUUGCCUUCUUCUGGACACUCUCUAAUAGUUAAAUGUCUUCUUUACACUGUGGCUUCCAAAACUGCCCCCAGAACUUGAGGUGAGGCUGCCCCAGUGCAAAGCAGAGCAGGACAAUCCCCUCCCUUGCCCGGCUGGUGAUGCUGUCCCUGAUGCACCCCAGGACACACUUGGCCCUCCUGGCUGCCAGGGCACUGCUGACUCACAUUCAACUUACCAUCAACCAGGACGCCCAGGUCCCUUUCCACAGCACUGCUCUCCAGCCUCUCGUUCCCUGGUCUUUACAUACAACCAGGGUUGCCCUGUCCCAGGUGCAGAACCCAGCGCUUGACCCUGUUAAACUUCACACAGUUGGUGAUUGCCCAUCUCUCUAAUUUGUCGAGGUCUCUCUGUAGGGCCUCUCUGCCCUCAAGAGAGUUGUCAUCUUCUCCCAGUUUAGUGUCAUCAGCAAACUUACUUAGUAUUCCUUUAAGUCCUGCAUCCUGGUUCCUAAUGAGAUGUUGAAGAGCACAGGGCCAGGGAUGGAACGCUGCAGAGCCUCACUGGUGACAGAUCACCAGCCUGAUGUCACUUCAUUCGCUGUAACCCUUUGUGCCCAGCCUGUGAACCAGUUGCUCACCCAUCCCAUGGCAUGUUUAUCCAGCUGUGUGGUGGACAUUUUGGUCAGAAGGAUACUUUUGAUGCAGUAUCAAAAGCUUUACUGAACUCCAAAUAUAUGACAUCAUCUUGGUUCCCUUGAUCAGCUGGGUGGAUUACCUUGUUAUAAAGUCAGGUUCGACAAGCAGGACUUUGCCUUCAUGAAGCCAUGCUGGCUGUGACCAGUGACUGCACUGUACUCCAGGUGUUUUUAUAUACCUUCCAGAAUAAUAUUUUCCAUUAUUUUACUGGGCACUGAAUGAGACUGACAGGCCUGUAGUUUCCAGGAUCUUCCUUGAGUGCAACUUAAAUGCAACUUAACACUGAAGCCAUAAGGGUAUCAACCAACACCUGGCUCUUAAAAUUAUGCCAGACCUCUUCCUGGGCCUUUGAGCUAGUCUGGGCAUGUACACCUUAUUGGAGGGGAGCUAAAAUACUGCUUCAGCUGAUAUAAAAUUUAGUGAUGUUUUACUUAUCAGGGAACCUGCUCCCCAAGGGGUUUGGCAAGGGUUUUCGUAUGAAGGAGAAGAUGACCCCUCAUAUUUUUUACCUGUUUUACCUAGUUCCAAGUAACUUGGAUGAGUGCCAGACUGUGAAGAUGCAGGGUCUCUUUAUUUACUUGCCUUUUGUACUGAAAAUAUAAGAAGCAAAGGUAAUUCUGUUGUAAUACAGCUGUUUUCCACAAUCAAAAACAAUAUUUCUAAAUUUACUCCUUUUUUCCAAUUUUUUAAAAAUUGUAAAACAGAGGUCACACACUUCAAAAGCCCUUUUAUACAGAAUUCGCUUUAUAAAAACAAAGAGUGAUCGAAGAGAAAAUGCUUGGACAAUUCCUAUAAAUAACUCACAUCAUUUUGAAAACCCUGUUGUUAACGAUGUCUCCUUUUCAAUGGAUUUUUUAAAGACUGUUUUUCCAGGGUUACUAAAGACAGCAAGUUUACAUUUAUGAUGGUGGUUUGAGAGAUGCAUAGCACAUGAUUUUUUCAAUUGGAAGCAAAGAUCUUCCAUAACUGGGAUGAUAUGUGUUACCUGAGUCUGCACAGAAGUGUCUGCAACACUAUAAAAGUCAGAGUUUAAGAAUAUUAAAAAAAAAAAAAAGUGGAAGAAAACCAGAGCUUAAUGCAACUUUGUACAUUCUGCAGGCAUAGACAUGGUAGUUGCAGCACCUUUUCUAUGGACUAGUGAUGUGAGAACUGUGGCAGUUCACUGUAUAACACUGUAUAGCAGCAAUAGGCUUUUUGCUUACUGAAAUAAAGUGUAAGACCAGUGGUUUCCACCUCUGCUUUAAGCCCCUAAAUUUUUAUUUCCUCUCCAGCUAGGACAGAUGCUACAACCUUAAACAGAGCCUUCCUUUGGAAGAACCUCUCUUCAUAGCAUACAACCCUUGAGUUAUGGCUCACACAAGUAGAUCUUAUGGGGCUGACUUUCCUCUGCUCUAGUGUAAUGCAAGUGAGCAAUUUAUAGUUGUGCAAGCUAGAGGCAAAGUCCUGCUGUUCAGGCUUGCUGAGCACUUCAUCCAUUUGUUUGAGGGACAGGUGUCUGGCACCAAUGUGCAGGUGCAGGCACCCCACGCACACCUGCACAGUGAGCUGGGCUGCGAGCCUGGCCUGACUGGGACACCACCCUCUGCCUUUUACAGACAGGCAGGCUUCCAGCUGUGCAGCGUGUGACUGCACAGAGUGCUGGCACAGCAGAGGGGAGGGUGCAGGGUGGACAUGGGUAGUAGCUGAGAACUUGCUGCUAAAUGUGCCUUGCACAGUGUCAGGGGCCUGUGGCAGAGAUUGGGUUGGCCUAAAUGCUGUGAGGAAUUGACUCCACAAGGCUCAGUGGGAAUUGGGCACUGUCGACAGCAGGAUAGGUAGGAAUUCAUGAAAUGAGGAAAGACUAAAAUCCAGUGCUUGUAAUUGCAUGCAGGAGGUUGUAAUGUGUCUGCACUCUGCUACCUUUCCUUACAUACUGAUUGAAUGAGUGGUUGAGCAUUAAUACAGUUGCAAGCAAACAACACUGUAAAUUAUGUAAAUAUGUUAUUAUUAUUUUCUGUAUUCACUAACUCACUUUUUCUUUUGAAUGUCAUGUGCCAUUUGAGUGACUUCCACACAAACUGCAAGUGCUGGACAGCCAGCCCUUCUGUAGUGCUCUCCGCUGCAAAACUCCUACUGAAGCCAGCGAGAUUUUGUUCAGGCAGGACCUGCAGGACCAGGGGAUGUGUGAGGCUUGGUCCUGUAGAAAGCUGAGUGCUCUCAUUUCCUCUCACUUUGCUAGGAGCUGAAUGUGUUGAGCUCUGCUGCUGAACUGAAGCAUGACCAGGCAGCACUGAGAAUAAACUGGAAUUUUAUACAUAGAAAAUUUAAUUUACAUGUAAUAAAUGUGAAUGAGCAUUAAUAUAGAAUGUAUUUUAUCAAAAAAUAUUGAUUCCUUACUUUGACCAAAUACAUUUCUGUAUUACUGUGUUACUUUUCCAUACUUGCCAAAUGAUGCAGGAGUGUGGAGCUGGUUUGGUUGUACUACAACAUGUUUUUGUAUUUCAUUUAUUUUUUAUUUUCCCCUCCCUCCUACCACAUAUUGCAGUUAGUAGCCAUUCAGUAAUAAAUCAGGGGUAGCAUCACCCUGUGAUUAGGCUGCCAGACUGAGGCACAAGAUUUACCAACACAGCAAAAAUACUUGCAAACCUGGGUACUCGGUGAGAUGUGGGUUUGUAGCUCUGCCAUUGCCUUGCCCUGAGCUUUAGGUGGAUCUCAGACUCUGAGAAUUCAGGGCAGGCCUCCAGUUAUGCAUGUAGACCUCAGGAAAAUUUAGCAGGAGCAGGGUAAUUCCUUUGAAAGUCCCACCUUAAGCCUUUUCUAAAAGGGACUGUUAGUAUUAUUUGUCCAGCAGUGUAUAUAGCACUUUAGGUCUCUGGGUGAGCAGAGCAUUAUCGUUGCCUAUCCUCAGAGCAAACCAGUAAUGAAAGGACACAGAAGGGUUUCCCUUUUCCCUCAGCCUUUCUCAUAGGCAUUUCAUGCUCUAACUGAAUAUAAAUACAGCAUAGCAGAGACUCUUGCAGAACUGGUGCUUCUGAAUAUGAGUUGCAUGAAUUAAGUCAGCAAAGUGCUGCUUGGGUGAUGAGAAAUACAUGGGAUGCAGAUGGAAAGGCAGAUUUCAGAACUGUGACAAGUGCAGGGGCAGGGUGCAGGGGCAGGAGUGAGCAAAGCCCCUUCAGAAGAGAGAUGCUGAUAUUUCUGAGACAGCCAAAGCCAUCCUGACAAGUAUCUGCAUGUUGAACCCAUGCAGUUUAUGAAAAAACUCCUCUGGACACUAAGGCCUUGAGCUCAGUUGUGUUUUCCUGUUAGUGUCCCGCCUGAUUAAUGCAUUGAGAUGGUUGAGGGAGGAAGGGCUAGAGAAGGCAAACUGAAAAGCCUAUUCCUCUUCUCCAGCAUUAUGAUAUUGCGUGAGUUGGUAGGAGCAACAGUUAGGGUGCAGGAAGCUCCUUUUUUAGGUGCAUAGUAACAUCUCUUUAAAAGGACUUGCUCAUGAGAGAAAAAAAUUGUCACACUGUUAUCUCUCAGAAACGGGGAAUAGCCCACCCCUGAGCACAAUGACCUGAAACCUUACCAGACUUCAGCUCCACCUCCUGCCCUUUUCCCAGCUCUUUUGCAGGCAGUUUCCCUCCAUGCAUAGUGCUGUGCCUUUGAAAGAAUCAUUCUUGUAAGAAUGCCACUUUUUCUGGGAAUAGCCAUAGUUUGCCUGCAUCAGUGACAUGCAUGUCAGCUGCUGCAUCUUGUCAUUGUGUCCCGUGGAUGUGCUGGAUGAUAUGGUGGCUGGGGGCAGCAGGGAGGAGUUUCUGCUGCGACAUUGCUAAGUAGGUUCCUGCCCUUUAUUCCUCUGCAAGGUGGGACAUGAGACUGUGACAGUAAAAAUGAUUGCGAUAACAUUGUGGUCAUUGUUUUGGAAAGCUGCCAUUCAGGACAUAUUCCCAGCCUCUUUCAGCAUCUCUCUUGAUCUUUGUCUGGGAUCCAGGGCUGAUGUUUGUGGCUGUUUUACUCAAUGUUAGCUUUAGCAGUGGCAGGAGGCGAGGUUGCAUCCUUACCCUGUGUCCAUACUUCCCUCCUGUCCAUCCUUACCAUUCUGUUCUUCUCAGAAGUUCUCACUCCCAGAAGAAAGGAAGCAUAAGAAGGAGGAGAGAAACACCUCUUACCUCCCACAGCUUGCAGCCAGGUGCAUCAGUGGAGCUGCAGUUCAGCCCAGUGUGAGUCACACUGUCCUUUCUGUACAGGGGAAUGAGGCAUGGGAGAUGUGUAAUCCCUUGAGGACCCAUGAGUGGUCCAUGUCGGCCAGGGGUUGUGCAGAAGACAGCAGCCAUUUUAGGUGGCAAACCCAGUGUGUUUUCACAGCCAGUUAUUCUAGCCAGAUAAUCCAAUCUAUGAAAAUCAUAACCCAUUGAGACUCUCCAGGUUGGAAAUCCAGAAAAUGAGACUUGUCUGGUUUCCUUGGUCACUGGGAGGUCUCUUUCUCUGCUGGCUGUUUUUGGUUUGGCCAGAAGACAUGGGAAACUGGGAAAGAUCCCUUCAGGGGCAGUAGCUGGAUGCCCCUUUCUGUAAAUUGCUGAGCAGAGGCAAAUGCUUUGUUUUAUGUUUUUAAUUCUGGCAGGACCUCCCCUCUUCCCCAGCAGCCUGUCUCUGCAGACAGCUGCAGCUGGGAAAGCUUUAUGUGAGAGCCAGGCAGGAGUGACUCAGGGCAGCAACUCCUAGAUCCUGUAACAGGCUGGACUUGAGGUCAUCCUUGCAGGGUAACCAUGGAGCUGAAGGCUCAGGGGACAUCACUUCCAAUGCAGAUAUUUAAAUAGAGUCCUUAAAUUUGGUCCUUAGAGGGCAGACCCUGUCACUUUGGGGUUUUAUUAAACUUCUGAGACUUAGUUGCACUGUUGGUGUCUGAUGUCUGUGGCAGGUGGGCAGAGGAAACCUCUUCACUUAACCACAUUUACUAGUUCAGUGAGUCAAAUUGUCUUUUACAUGAUCUGUGUUUGACUUUUUUCUCAUUGCUUAUUUUUUGUUUUAGAGAAAGACAGUCCCGAAAGGCACAUCUGCAUUAUUGCAAACCCCAAUUUUUACAGAGCUGCAUAUCACUACACUGUCAGUAUGAGCUUGGGCAUAAAAAAUAAAAAUACAGAUCACUACACUGUCAGUAUGAGCUUGGGCAUAAAAAACAAAAAUACAGAUUAACGAAAAGGGCCUUCAUUUGUCUACAAGAAAAGAAACCAAACUUCUUUGAACUAGUUAUUGCUGACUAUAAUGAAGCUUACUGGUUUCAUGUAAAAUACAUUGAACUUUGAAAUUCCUUUUCUGUACCAACAUGCUGUUGCUCGUGUAGGCAAAGAUCUGUGGUAACACUGCAUGUAAAGGAAGCUUUCAUCUUCAGGGGUGGUAAAAGUGUCAGCUCUGGAUUUCAGUCAAUGCAAUUCUUUUGUCAAGUUUUCCUUUACUAAUGCAGGGACUAGUCAGCCCUCAACGCACCAAGCAGAAAUCAUGUUGUGCCAUGCCAUGCCAAGGCUGUCUUUGGUGUGGUUUCCACCAUUUUUCUGGCUGGAAGACUUCUCUGUCUUUGGGACUAUUAAGCUGUGAAAGGAGUCAGCAAAAGAAGUUGCCCUUUUGUUCAGCACUUUCAAAGGUGUAAGCCUACAGUGGAGCACUGCCUGCCUUCUGAUCCUCCUUCCUCAUCCACCACGAAGGUGUCAAAUCCAGCAGUGUCAUUACACCAUGAGCUUCCCAUUAAAGAGCUUACCAAA